AUGCGAACGCAUGCGACGAUCAAAGGCUUCUGCCUGUGCCACAUACUCUGCGUGUGGCGAGUCAUCGGUCGGCUGGGCAUCUAUCUGGGCUUCUACAAUCUGACCUGGACGAAGGACGCGCGGUUCGUGCGGGGCGAGCUGUUCUAUGUGCAGAUGAUGACCCUGAUGUACAUGAUCAGCUCGCUAGGCUAUCUGUGGCUCAGCCAGGGCUGGGUGUACGACGGGCUGCUGUUCCUGGUCUUCGUGCCGCUCUACGUCUACUUUGUGGUGCUGCGCCAGCAUCUCGUCUCGCUCCUGAACGCCUGCAGCCAAACGCAUGGCACACUGCAACGCGUCCUGGGCACCUGGMUGUGCGUGCCSCUCUGGCGGGAGUGCGGCCUCACCCUGCUGCUGUCCGCCGAGGUGCUGGGGCUGUUCGUCUGGCAGUUCCACGUGUACUACAACUACCAGGCCUGCUUCAUAGCUGGCACCUCGCUCAUCUACUACAUGCACCUGCUCUUCCUGGGCAACUAUCUCAUCUGGCUGGCCAGCAUCUACCGGGCGCUGAACACAUUUCUGCAGCAGCACAUGCGGAGCUCCCGCCUGGGCAUCCUGCGCACCGUGCUGCGCGAGCAGGCGAGCCUCUGGUGCCUGCAUUGGCGCAUUAUGCGCUACCUGGCACUGCAUCUGCUCAGCUUCUUGGGCUUGAUUGCGUACCGCUUCGGCAAACUGCUGCCCGACUGGCGAGCCCCCGACCAGCUGAAUGUGGAUCGCAUAUUGGCGUCCCAUCUGCUGCUGCUGCUGCUCACAUUUCUGACACUGAUGCUCUGCUCCAUCGACGUGCAGCUCCAGCACUGGCAGUUCAACGCCAACUAUCUGCGCAUGGAAGAUCGCCUGGAGUACUUCAAGCUGCGCUCCUGGUGUCUGCUGCGCAACCAGACGCUGCCCAUGCCCUUCGGCCUGCCCAUACAGCGGAUCUGCAUCAAGCCACAGCACAAGCGGGACAUCAUCAGCAUGCUGUUUUUCAGCAAUUUGCCUGUAACGCAGCUGCGUCGCUGCGUCCCUCUGCCCCUGGCCAUCGUGGGCGUCGGCGCCAAACAUCUACAAUUGACGCUGCCCAUCCUGCUGCGCACCUUCGUCCGAGUGGGCUGCCAGUUUCUGCUCUGCCUCUACCUCUACUCGCGCCAGCACCCGGCAAUGCAAAUUAACUUCUACGACAGCUAUACGAAGGGCAAUUUCGAUAUAAAUGUGACCAACACAAUUAGCCAGAUCUAUCGCAGCUAUCAGCUUGAUGAGAUCGAGUGA